AUGGGCGAACAAACAGAAAAUGUGGAACUAAAGGAGGCAAGUGACAACAACAAGAGAAAGUUAGAAGCGUCAAUCGAACUCGCUAAGCAGAAAGUUCAACAAAUCGCUUCUCGAAUCAUCAACGACGCCGCCGCCACCGCCAAUGACCCUAAGCGCCCUCGUAUCGUAUCUGACCCCUCUUUUUCCGAUUCUACUCCUACUCCUUCUUUCCCUGUUCCAAUUGCGGCUCCGGCAAGUCAGCAUUAUGGUUUACAAGGAACGAGUAAGAGAAUCAGUAUUCCAAGUGGCAAGGUUGGUGUGGUUAUCGGUAAAGGAGGAGAGACGAUAAAGUAUAUUCAACUUCAAUCGGGGGGCAGAAUUCAGAUUACUAAGGAUCAAGAUGCUGAUCCUCAUUCUCUAACAAGGGAUGUAGAGUUGAUGGGUACUUCGGAACAAAUAUGCAGGGCUGAACAGCUCAUCAAUGAUGUCAUUAUGGAGACAGAUGCAGGGGGUUCUGCUUCAUCUGCGGUUCAUGGAUUGAAUGCAAAGCAAUUUGGAGAAGAACAGUUCUCAAUGAAAGUUCCUAAUGACAGGGUCGGAUUGCUUAUUGGCAAGGGUGGCGAGACAAUUAAGCACAUGCAAAGUACAUCAGGUGCUCGAAUCCAGGUGGCAGUUCUGAGCACUGCCUCUUCUAAUGCUAUGACUGCUAAUAUCUGUUAUAUUUCUCAUGAGAAAAGUGAUGUUGACAUGAUUAUUCCUCUACACCUUCCACCUGGUGACCCACCAGCUGAAAGAAUGGUAUAUAUAAAUGGUUCGGCAGAACAGAUUGAGGCAGCCAAAGAAUUGGUUAAUGAGGUAGUCAGUGGGAAACGUAUAAUUACUCCAUCUGGACCAAAUACCUAUCCACAGCAAGUUUACCCCCCAGCUAGUAAUUGGGCCCAGCCUGGACAACCUCCAAUGCAACAGCAACCCCAGUAUGGAUACACGCAAUCAGCUCCUUACUAUGGCAACUACUCUAGCCAGCAGCAACCUUGGGAUCAGUCAGCCACUCCCCAACCACCUCAGGAAGCAACUGGAUAUGGCUACUAUGGGCAACAACCUCAAAUGGGAUAUAGCUACAGUCAGAUGCCAGUUGGCAGCAAUACUUAUGAUCAGGCCUACAGCCAUCAUCAACUGAGCUACGGACAAAACAUCUCUAGUCAUGCUGCCGCAGCAGCUUAUGGGCAAACUACUUUGCCAUCUCAACCAGAUGGAGCAAUUUCAACCCAAUCCACUCAACCAGCACCUUCAUAUCCACCACCCUCUUAUAGUCAAUCAAUGACUAACCCUCAAACAUACUGGACUUCUUCAAGCUUCCCCGGCCAACCUUCGGCUCAAACAGCAUAUGAUCAAACAGGUUGCUCCCAAACUGCUUAUGGAGGGCAGCAGUCAAGCCAGGUCCCUCCCCCAUCAAGUCAGCCAGUUUAUGGACAAGGUGGAUAUCCUCUUCAUCCAACCUCUGCCGCUGCAAAUUACAGCCAGGGGACACAUCCUUAUUACGUGCAACCAUAUGUGGAGGCAGAAACCCAGUCGCAGCCACCAAGCAAUGGGCUGUCACAAUGA